AUGACAGCUAUGAAGCCUGAAGGAACAAUAACCCGCGAUUUGUGCAAGUGUCGCCAAUUGACAGGUGUUUUUUAUUCUGUUACAGCCUCGGGAGGGGGUGGUCCAAUGUUGGUCCCUCCCGUGGCCCCAGGGGGAACUGCCAGCCAUCAGGUCGGCGAUCCCGGGGUUCGGGGUCCUCACAACUCCGUCCCUGGUUCAGCCACCGCUCUGUGGCCCCUUGCGCCUACACAAAAUAAUCUACCAGGAAGCCAGCAGUCCCAAGCAACGCCACCCCUAGCUGCCACCCCUGCACCACCACACAAUCAAGGCAUUAAUCGAUACGAGCUGUAUUCCUUAUUUCCAGGAAGUAACGGGGGUAGUUAUGUGGCGACGACAGCAGCCACCCCUGCAGCUACCCCCGGAAGAACAUAUCAUGCGACGACACACAAAGAAAGUGUAUUCUCAGCAGCAGUGGGAGUGGGAGUUGGGGGCUACACUUGGGGAGCACCAACACCACCACCGGGUUCCCCAUACAGUCCAGUUCCGGGAGUGACCCAGCUGGAGCUGCUGGCGAAGAAUUUGGCAAGCCUAGCGCCGCAUCAUGCCCAGCAGCCGCUGACCCUCCAGGGCGUGGGGGUAAAUGUGGGGGCAAGUGUCCACCAUGCCCAGCACACCCAGCACACUCUGAACCUAGCUGGACUUCAUCAUCUUCAUCACGGUGAGUCGAUGGUGACGAGUACAUCGACGACCUCGUUUACGUCCAAAUAUAUUGACGAACGUAUAUUAACACUCGGUGGAAUCCAUCAAGGAACUUUCUCUCCGCAACUCUCCCUGGUGACUGCAGGAACACCGGCGCUGACAAUCAACAGUUUUUCAUCCCCCAACACCCAGGCGAGCGUAAUGCCAGCCAACGGAGGGCUUUUGGUCCAAGAGUAUCAGCCUGGAGAUCAAAAUAAUCAUCAAUUGGCCGUUUGUCCGUCCUCGAACAGCGGAUCUUCAGUCCCAUCGGGGACAGCCGCUUGCACUGUCAGCACAGUGAUAGUCCAGGGUGCCCAAACAGGGAGCGCUUUUGUCCAAAGUACCAUGAAGAAGCGCGAGUCUUUCGUUACUGGACAGGCUGCCCAAACUGCUAUCAAAGUCGAGAACAAAACCACCACCAGGCAAUCUUGCAUCUGCAAAAGCACUAACAUCAACAACGGCAAAACAAAAGUCGUCCAUUCAGAGGCGGGAUGCAGCCGGACUUUACCAGUUGUCUCGUCCUGGAACGGUCAAGACACAUCGUCCUGCGCGAAUGCCUUCAACCAGAGCGCCGCGACUAAUCUCAUCAAGCGGGAACCUCUCGCUGCGGUGCCUUGUCAAGUAGCCGAGGUAUCAACGUCUCUUCACGCUACGACUACGGCGGUUAAAAUUGAACCGCUUCCACCCAAGUCCGAGAAUGGAAUAGUCGUCUCUACUGCAGCAGCUAGCGGAAUUCCUGUGGGCAUUGCCGUUGCUCGCCAAAGGUUACAACAUCACCAGGAAACAUCGUCGACGUCCAUGCGAAAUGUCUCACUGAGUCAUCACACCUCCCAUCAUGCUAGCUAUCAUCACUUUCAGCCGGACAAUCUUGGUUCAACCACGGCCAUGGCGAUGGGCGGCGCGACUUUGGUUCACUGCGGGACUGGAGGGGAAGACCGUCCUGCCCAUCUCGCGAUCCCCUCGGGUGCUGCCUUGGCACCCUCUCUCAACGCAACCCUAAAUUCGGGCCUCAGCAACAUCGGACCUACCGCGCCGGGCGCAUGGCCUCCAACAUUAUGGCAAUACCCCACCACAGCAGCAAUGCCGUCUUUGGAACCCGUUGGGUUUCCCCAUCUUGGCGUUGGCUUGCAAGGUGGGCUGCAAUUGGUACGGGAUCCAACAAGUGGUCAACUUCUACUGAUCCAUGCUGCUGCGGAGCAAAUGCAGCAAGCAGUAGUCUGGCCAAACUACCCUUCAAUGCACAGCAGCCCGAACAUCGGAGCUCCUCCGCUGAUUCUACCGGGACCGGCAACUCCGCCAUCUCUUCAGCUACUCAGCGACAUAAAUGGUGCUAGACUAGUUUUAACAGAGAACAAACGGAAGCAGCAAAAUAAUGUUCCUAUUGUUAAAAUCGAAGCCGAUUGUGCUACUCCAAACGCUACUAUCAUUGCAUCUGCAGAAUCGAGUAAAGCUUUGCAAACGGUAACAACAAUGACAGGCUCAUUGAUGACGGACACUCCACUUUUGACGACAUUACACUACUAUCCUCAUGCUCCGGCUCUGGUGCAAAUCAGUCAAUCCGAGUCGAUGCAGUGUCGGACGCAGCAACGGAACACCUUCAUCUCAAAAGCAACAUCACCAGUCUCUUGUCUAACACCUCCUCCAGAAGUGGUUCCGACCCACGCAAUAGAGACUCUCGACAACGUACUGAACGUCCAAGACGCUUCGAACCAGACAGACGCCCCCGAGCCUGAGGAAGAUGUCCAUCCAUCAAUAGAGAUUGACGGACUGCCAAUCAAGCAAGAGCAGCUUUUUUCUUCCUGCCAGGCUCCAGCGAGCUGCAAUUUCGAUAUCGUGUCCUCCAGCAUCGAGCAAAAGAGCAAAGUCGACAAAGCUGCGGUCGCUCCUUUGCAAAAGGACCCAAAGAUCGAAGCAAUCAGCUCCAUAGACCAGGCUAUCGACAGAGUAGUCUGCAAGUCCACUGAAGAUGAAGAAGUUGUCGACUCAGCUGCUGACGAAGCUAUUAUUAAAGAGAGAAUCCGCAGACGUCCUUCCAGAGUUAUUGAGAUUACAGAAGAAAACUGCGACAGCUUCCAUGAAAAUCUCGAGUUCUUUGGAAGACGAAGGGAUCCUGUUGAGCUUUGUCGCAAGCCUCAGUAUUCUGAAGAAAUGUUUAAUGAAGAAAAGUUACGCGAAUCUAGCCUAAAUGAUAAUUUUGAUGGUGAAGCAGAUAAAGACAAGGAUAAAGACUGGCAGCAGUCGGUUACUUCUACUUUACAUGCUUCUGAGGAGGUUAAUAAUGUCGAGGUCGACAAAAUUGAUCCUCAGGAUUCGGAUAUUGUUCAUUCCAGCUGCUCACCCACGGAAAAGUUCAAAUCUCUGGAUAUGCCUUCCAUCGACUGUGAUGAGGAAGAUCAUAGUCUAAAAGCUAAGGACUGUCCAAUAACUCCUGAAAAGAAUCAUCCAGACAAGCUAAACCGCGGCAUCGAAAACGUCGUGGAAAAACUUAAGAAAAAUGCAGUCGCGCUGCAAGAUAAUUCUGAAAAAUCAAAUGAACAAGUCGUUGAAAGUAGCAAUGUAAGUGUCGCUAUCAGCACAACGACGCCUGUUGCCAGGUGCUUACCUCGGACGCUUACCAAUGGUCUGAAGAAACAUAUUUUGAGGUUUUACGAGAAAGAGUCUUCUAUUUUGGAAAAUAUUAAUAGCAAAUCGGUGACUGAGCAAGAUGAGUUAAAGAAAGAUUCUGGGUGGUUAGCAAACGGCAAUAACCUCAGUAAUCUUUGUACUAGUACAAAUAAUAAAAAUAAUAAUAAUAAUAAUAAUAAUAAUAAUAAUAAUAAUAAUAAUAAUAAUGAUGAUGAUGAAGAUGAUGAUGAUAGUGUUAAUGACAAGUCUGAGAAAAAUCAAAGAGAAAAAACUGACAGCGAAAGUUCGGACGAUUCUUGUAAAUUGGACGUGAAAGAACGCAAGAAAAUAAAGACAAAUGUUGAUCUAAGCGGCCUUGAACUGCUGUCCAAUAGUAUCGCGCAGUUGGAGCAUUUGAAGCCAGAUGGCGCUGACGGUACUAGUGGUUCGGAAGUGGAAGCUUCACCGGGAAAGCGAAGUGCGAAAAAAGGAAGUCAGGAGAAUAAUAACAAUGUUGACAGUCCUUUGGGGCUGCUUUGUGCGUUGGCUGAGCAAAGAUUCAUGGAAGAAGUUGGGGACCAGAAGCGGGAUAUUGGUGAAGAUGAAAAAAAGGGAGAGAAGCGACGUCAUUCUGUGGAUGAUAUUUACAGAAAUGCCAAGAAGACUAGAAAGGAUUUGUUUUACUCUUUUAAUGAUAAGGAGACGAAUAAAGCAAAAAAGUAUGAUUACGAAGCAAAUGACGCUGAUGAUGAUUGCACAGAUUCGGAGGGUGAGAAUAAACUUAACGAUGAUAAAGUUUGUGAACUCAAUAUCAAAAUUUUCAAAGAUAAAACCCAACCGUUUAAAACUGAUUUGCAAGGUGAUUUAAAAGCGCAUGAUGAAAUUUCAGCAUUGAGGUUAAAAGAACCCAGAAGUCAUAUUAAAUUGUUGGAUAACAUUCCCAGUGUUUCUCCGGAAUCUGUUUUACCAGGCAAAAUUUCGGAAGAAGAAGACAAGAUGGCGGUAGUCGUUGAUUACGACACUUCUUCAUCUUCUCCAACUGUGAGAAGCUCCAGUUCUGCUAAACGGAAAGUUGGUCGGCCAAAGAAGCUGAUGUGCACUUCGAUGAGCCGUCAUCUGACGGAAACAAUAGUUGCAAAGAAGUCUAGAAGCAAGUCGUUGGUGAGUUGUCUGAUAAGUGCCAAGAACAGACAGAGUAAAUUGAAGAGCCAAUCAAAGCCUAAGGCGAUUAAGCAGACGCCGUUGCACAGCAAGAAUGUUAUCAGUUCGAUUCUCGCUGAGAAGGCCAAGUUGAGUCAGGAAGCCAAGCUUGAAAAACAGGUUAUCAAGUUGAAGCCCAAGCUUAAGCCUCAGAAGGUUAAGGACUGGGAAGAAGUAACUGAAAAAGUUGGUAAAAGCGAGCCAGAGGUCGUUGAACUCGUGGAGGCUCAGUCUGAUGAACUGGUUGUUGACAAGGAGGUUCAUUGUGAGAAGUCAAAGAAGAAGAAGCGGAAAUCCACAUCUUCGUCGCCUCAGAGGAGGAAAUCCAGUGAGGAGAAGAAAGAGGCCAAGCGUAGAAAGUCUUCCGAAUGCAAAGAAUGCAAAGAGUGCGCUCGCGCUGCAAAAGCUGAGAAAGUCGAGAAUAUUGCCAAUAAAUGCAAGCUGGUGUCAGAUCAUUUGGAGAUUGAUCAGCUGAGGGUGUUAACCGCCAUGGGAGGGCUUUUCUAUGCCGGCAGGCUCAGCGCCGUUCAAGCUCCGGAUAUUUAUGCGAUCACGCUAGAUGGCGAGAGGGGCAAUAGGCCUCACAUUCAUUCCAGAGAAGAAAUCCUCAGAGACGCUAUUGUAGAGGUCUGUCCUACGUCUACUAAGGAACUUGCUCCGGGAACGAGGUUAUGUGCUUACUGGAGCCAGCAGUACCGAUGUUUGUAUCCUGGAACUUCCGUCGAGUCUUCAGAACCGGACUCUGAAUUGGAUGACAAGUUUGUCAGUGUCGAGUUUGAUGAUGGGGACAGCGGUAGGAUUGCUUUGGAUGAUAUCAGGCUGCUUCUUCCUGAUUAUCCGGUCGUGGAAUAUGAUCCCAAUCCCUUGUUGACGUUAGGUAAGAAAAGAAGGCUCAAUUCUAUGAGCGAUGAUAAGAGAUCAGAUGGCUCUGGGGUUACUCAUGGGGAAGACAAGGUCGAGAGCCACGGUGAGAAUGGUAAAGAGCUGGAUGACAAGACUAUGGAAGAGUACAGGGAGCGCAAGAAGCUGAAGAAACGAAGGAGGGACAAGCUCAAGAGACUGGUCCAGGUUGUUGAUGGCAAAAAGAGGCACAAGAGGCACAAGUGCUGUGAAGAGCACAGAAAGCACAAACACAGAAAGCACAGGAAGCAUAAACACAAGCAUAAUCAUCACUCAGGGCAUAAUGAUAGUCAUCUGAGUGGAGGGGAAAGCUGCUCGGGGGUCAGGACUGAGGAAGAACAUGAUAAUGAAAGUGGGAAUAGAAAUGAGCAAGAUCUUCAAGAGAAUGAGGGGUCAGUUGAGAAUGGAGAUGUGGUUAGUGGUGAUCUGGAGAUUGAUGAGGCUUCUCAGGAGGCGCAACUGACUCAAGAUCCCCAGUUGGUUGUUGAGGAGAUGGUCGUUGAGGAGAAAAGUGAUAAAUGCAAGAAAAAGAGCAAGGUAAGGGAGAGACAGGAGUCUGUGGAGAGCAGGAGUAAGAUGGCAGCUUUCUUACCGGCAAGACAGCUGUGGGGAUGGGCUGGCAAGGGAUACAGAAGGCCCGGGGCCAAGGGUAGGGCCAAAAAACAGUUCUUCAAGGCGAUCCAGAGGGGCACCGAGACGAUACAGAUUGGCGACAGCGCUGUUUUUCUGUCUACUGGCCGUCCCGAUAGACCCUACAUUGGAAAAAUUGAGUCCAUGUGGGAAACUACUAGUUCUAAUAUGAUUGUUAAGGUUAAGUGGUUCUACCAUCCUGAGGAAACUGUCGGGUGUCCUGCCAAUUUGAAGUAUCCGGGCGCGUUAUUUGAGUCACCUCACAUGGACGAGAACGACGUCCAGACGAUAUCUCACAAAUGUGAGGUACUUCCUCUCCAAGAUUACACAACAAAGCUCGGAAAAGAGCCUCAUCGGUAUCUCACCAUUUACGAUAACAACGAUAUCUACUAUCUCGCUGGAUACUACGAUCCUACGACAUAUCUUCUGACUCUGCAGCCUGGCGUUGCUUAA